AAACCACUUCCUUCAUGCGACUUAUAUAUAACUGAGAAGUGCAGAGCGAAGAACAGAAAACACACAAAAUUCUUCACAGUGAUUAGGUCUAAAUCUGAGACUGUAGCACAAUGAAGGCUUUGGUGUUCUUUCUGCUUCUGGCAGUUGUAAGUGCUAAAAAGUAUGAUCGGUGUGAGCUGGCAAGAGCCAUGAAAGCAUUUGGCUUGGCUGGGUAUCGUGGCAUCAGUCUGGCUAACUGGGUUUGCUUGGCCAAACACGAGUCUGACUUCAAUACCAACGCCCAGAACCGCAACUCUGAUGGAUCAACAGACUAUGGCAUUUUCCAGAUAAACAACCGUUGGUGGUGCACCAAUGGGAAAUUCCAUAGUGCUAACGGGUGCAAACUCUCCUGUAGUGAGCUUCUUACCGAUAACAUCGCGAAAGCUGUUGAGUGUGCCAAGACAAUCGUGAGACAGCAGGGAAUUACCGCAUGGGUGGCAUGGCGUAACAAAUGCAGGGGUCGUGACGUAAGCUCUUACACUGCAGGCUGUGGAGUUUAAAGCAGAACCAUGAAAUGACAAAUGCUUCAAUUUAACCUUUAAUAUAAUCGAGGCAAAUUAGUGGCAAUGAUGAUAUAUAAUAUUACCAAAAUUAUCUCAAUCAUAGACACAAAUGCUUUUAUUGCUCUUGGUCUUAAAGUAAAUCUAUGCAAACCUUCCAGCAGUAUCCACAAUGCACAAAUAAAGCAUUUAAACACUGCAGCAUA